CCGGGGGUGAGGGGUCGGCGCCCACGCAACGCCCGCCGCGCCUUGCCGCCCGCCUUACUCCAGUCAGCAGCUGUGACUCGUGUUGGCUGAACCAUCUGUAGGGCCAUCUACUUUUUUUCUUACUUAGGACACCUAGACCAACAAACACAAAAUGGCGGAUGAUGAAAAAAAGCGUCUCGAGGAGGCGAAGAAGGCCAAACAGGCCGAGAUUGACCGCAAGCGCGCUGAGGUGCGCAAGCGCAUGGAGGAGGCCUCCAAAGCCAAGAAAGCCAAGAAGGGUUUCAUGACACCUGAGAGGAAGAAGAAGCUCAGGUUGCUGCUGCGUAAGAAAGCCGCUGAAGAAUUGAAGAAGGAACAGGAACGCAAAGCGGCCGAGAGAAGGCGUAUCAUUGAGGAGAGGUGCGGCAAACCCAAGAACAUCGAAGAUGCAAACGAAGAUGCUCUUUCGAGGGUUUGCAAAGAAUACCACGAGCGCAUCGCCAAACUUGAAGAUGAAAAGUUCGAUCUGGAAUACAUCGUUAAAAGGAAAGACAUGGAGAUCUCCGACCUGAACUCUCAAGUCAACGACCUCAGAGGCAAAUUCGUCAAACCCACACUAAAGAAGGUGUCCAAAUAUGAGAACAAAUUCGCCAAGCUCCAGAAGAAGGCCGCCGAAUUCAACUUCCGUAACCAAUUGAAGGUUGUGAAAAAGAAGGAAUUCACCCUUGAAGAGGAAGACAAAGAGAAAAAGCCGGACUGGUCGAAGGGCAAACCGGGAGAUCAGAAGGUAAAAGAGGAAGAGGUUGAGGCAUGAAGUGUAACACUCCUAUAAACUAUUUGUAAGACCUGACAUGCCAACUGACAUUACCGACCUUGUGAUAUCACACCCACCUUCAAGUGGCUAGAACCUCCUCCUACCAGUUCAGUCUUGGCAGAUUCCUCCAGUAAUUUUAUGUAUUGUCCAAUCAUGUCUACCAUUUCGAACAUGUCAAACCAACUUUUAUAAUUAUUUAUUUAUUAAAUAAUGUUUUUUGUAAGAUACGUUUAAUAAAAUUAAUUUUCUGUACUAUGUUUA